GUAUUAAAGGUUAGAAUUGACUAAUCUGCGCGCCAUCGUGGAUGACACGAACUAUAAUAGUAGUCUUAUGUGUCUAUGUCUAUCCUAUGUAUCUUUUGAAUCAUUCUCCUAAACUCUGUAUGCGAGUAUAACGCAACUCCUGUAAAUCCUUAGUGGGGCCCGUUCGUUAUAUAAGCGCGCGCGCACGUUCCUCGCCACUCGGUCAGUGGUUGUGACAAGUGCAGUGAGUGCAUCAUGAAGGCAUUUUUAUCCAUCCUCUUGGUGACUUCGGUCCUAGCCGAACCCAGCAAAGUCAUCCAAAAGCGUAGCGGCCUCGUCGGUCAUCUUGGCGCACCACUCCACGGCUACGGCCUCGCCCCAGGGCUAGGCCUCGCGCACGGCAUCCCAUCCGGAUACGCGCUAGGCGUCCACGGAGGGACUGUGGUGGGCGCCGACGUGCAUACGACGGUCACAAAGCAUAUCGGCGUGCCGGUUCCGGCGCCGUAUCCGGUGGCGGUUGAUCGGCCGGUGCCGUAUCCGGUCAAGGUAGCAGUUCCGUACGCCGUGGACCGUCCGUACGCCGUGCCCGUACCGCGCCCGUACCCGGUGCCCGUGGAGAAGCCGGUAGCCGUACCGGUUGAUCGUCCCGUGCCGGUACCUGUACCACAUGCCGUCCCGGUGCCCGUUAUUAAACAGGUGGGAGUCCCCGUACCGCAACCGUACCCCGUAGCGGUCCCGAAGCCCGUCGCCGUGCCCGUGCCCCAGCCGUACGCCGUCGCCGUCGGACACGGAUACGGACUCGGACACGGACUAGGACACGGACUCGGACACGGGCUGGUCGGACACGGACUGAUCGGCCACGGAUACUCCCAUGGCAUCUCGGCGUAUGAUGUCCACGGACAUGGGAAGAUCUGGUAAAUGGGUUGAGUGGUUUGUUAGGUGAUGUUUUGGAAAAAGAGGGUUUGGAUAUAGGUCUUAAAGAAUGAAGGUCUAAGUAUAGAAAAUCAGAUAGAUAGAUAGAAUACUCUUUAUUGGCACACCUCAGUAAAUAUAUACAAGAAAAAUAAACAGUUGAUUAAAUUUAGAGGCAGACAACAGGCGGUCUUAUCGCUAAAAAGCGAUCUCUUCCAGACAACCUUUGGGAUUAUUUGCCCGUUUUAGAAAUAGACUUGAAAUUAUGGUCAAGAAAAUUGUACCAUAAGCCUUUUUCUGUUUACCUUCAUCUGGCAAAGUACAAUACUGGAGUAUUAUUUUUGAAUGCAAAGAACGCUAGAACUUCCUUCGCAGUUUUGUAGCAAAUUAAGAAAAUGAUAAUAAUUUCAUAUCCUUGCGUAUAUUCCUAAUUUUUUUUUUUUUUUUGAGGUGCUACAGUUUUAACCAACAUUGUCUUUUUCUGAAUUGGAAAUGUUAAAUGUGCUUAUAAUGUGUUGGAUAACAAGGGUACAACAUCGAGGUAUGAACACCUAACAAACAAAUGUUUUAUAAGUUACCAUGUAUAAUAUAUAAUGGCAUUUCCACUUAGGACACGCAUAGUCAACGUAUGAACGAGUAUUGUGAUGUAGAUUAAGGUAGCUUAAGGGAGCGAGUGAAGAUGUAACGCUGUGUUGAUCUAUCGGGAUAAUAUCGUCUGUGAGGGAAGAAGAGCUUACUGCAUAAUUAAGUAGAUGGUAUAGUCCGAUAAUAAAGAAUACAAAAUAAUUGAGGGCGCCACAUUAGCAUUACACCACGUAAGCAAAUAAAUAUUCAAGAUUGCCUAAUAUUGGAUAUUCUGCUGCUUUUGCAUUGAUUGUUGAAAUUGCAAAUUUAUAUGGAGCAUUAACUGACUGAAGGCCACUUAUAUCCAUCUUAUUCUGCCGCAUAAGUACAUCCUAUAAGGUAAG